ACGCGCGUGCACGGGAGGACUCGGAAAGGGGGAGGCGUCGUCGUGGUCGUCGCGAACGCGCCUCAUCUUCUUCUUUACUCAACAGCUGCACCGGCAGGACAGCGACUAACUAACCGACUCGCUCACCACUAACAUGGCGGACGGACGACAUCAAAGUCAACCUUAAAAAAAGGCUCACCAUAGAAACGUCCAAAAAAACCCAGAAGUAUUGUCUUUAAAAAAGAGAACAUGUGGACGGUGAGGUCGUGGUUGUUUAGACCCUGAACGCACCACCGAGGCGCCUUGAAACCACAAGAAAAGGCUCCUGAGACGGUCUUGUGUUCCAACUCAUCGUCACGACCGUCCAAGCAUGCCCACUCACUCCCCGCUGCCGCUUUUGGAGAGUCCGGACGGACCGGUCCAAGACAGUUGGACCAGCAACAGCGCCAACGUCCCGGGGCCGGGCUCCAGCAUGACGCCGCACGCCAACUACCUCGCCAAGGCCCACGAGCCGCCGUCUUGUAUGUUCUGCGACCAGACUUUCACCCACCAGGACGAGGUGGGUCCCCACGUGCUGACGCAGCAUCCCACCACCUUCUCCGAGCCGGCCGUGCUCCGGAUCGAAGCGGAAUUCAGGAUCCCGGGCCAGAGGGCGCGGGCCAAGCCGGGCAACUCGGCGCCGGAGAAGAAGGAGGUGCACAGCUGCGUGGUGUGCGGCCAGGUGUGGCAGGACGCCGGCGAGCUGGAGAACCACCUGAGGAAGCACAAGGACUACUUCACGUACUGCUGCAACGUGUGCGGCCGGCGCUUCCGGGAGCCCUGGUUCCUCAAGAACCACAUGAAGAUGCACGGGAAGACCGGAGCCAAGGGCAAGGCCCUGCAGGAUCAGGAGAGCCCCGUCACGGUCAACGACGUGGUCCAAGAGGCCGUGUCGGAGCCCGUGGUCACCGCCUACAAAAUGUGCAUGGUGUGUGGUUUUUUCUUCCCGGACCACGACAGCCUGGUAGGACAUAGUAAAAUCCACAAUCGGGAGUCGGAGACGGACAAAGACGAAGAGUCGGGAGGCGGAGCUACGGGAUUUGUCAGCCAACACAGAUUUCUUCAGGGUCUUAAUCUCAAGCCGUGUCCCCCAGGAGAGUCUUUGCGAGAAGCCGAAAGAACGUCCAAGUGGAUCCCGCAGCUGGACCCCUACAACACCUUCCAGGCCUGGCAGCUGGCCACGAAGGGCAAGGUGGCGGUCGGCCCCGUCACCACCAAAGACCUGAGCCAGGAGGCCAGCACGGACUACGAGGACUGCGGCUCGGACAAGGAGCAGACCAACGCCGCCUGGCCCGACGCCCAGGGGGACAAAGCCGCCAGGGAGGUUCCCGGCCGGGAGCUCAGGUCUCAGCAUCACGCCGCCACGGGAAGCCCGGGCCCGCGGCUGCUGCAGCGGAGGUCCUUGAUGCAGAAGCGGAAAGACACGGAGAGGCCCACCACUUGCGAGGAAUGCCGGCGGACCUUCAAGACCUACCACCAGCUGGUGCUGCACUCCAGAGUGCACAAGAGGGAGGCCGGGGGUGACAGCCCCAAUUCGUCCACGGAGGGGACUCUGUCCAAGGUGGAGGACGGCAUGGUGGACGGCGCCGAGGAGGCGGUUGUGGCCGAACACUUAAGUGCAGGUGAGGACGGCUUCUACCGAGCCAAAGUGCGCUCGAAACACUGCAGCUACUGUGGCAAGUCGUUCCGGUCAAGGUAUUACCUCACGGUGCACCUGAGGACUCACACAGGUGAGAAACCCUACAAGUGCGGCUACUGUGACUACGCCGCCGCCCAGAGGACGUCGCUGAAGUACCACCUGGUGCGUCGGCACAAGGACAAACCCUACAUGGAGAUCCCCAGUACACUGGCGGCGCCCUCCGCGUCACCCCCGGGCGACACGAAACUGAAGAGAUCACAACUGUGGUUCCCCGAGUUGUUGGCUGAUGCAGCGCCGAGGGAAAGCCUCAAAAGCGAGGUGGAGAAAGCGGCCCCGCAGACGGACGAGGAACCCGAGAAGGCGUUCGCUGAUCCUGCUCUCAAGCAGACGGCCAUAAAGUGUCCCGUCGCUGUUGAUGUGAAGGCGGAAGAGGCGGACAUUAAAGACGUGGACUGCGAGGCACCCUUAAAUCUCUCCUUGAAAGUGUCUCUUUCCGUCCCCGCCAGGAGGGCUUCAAGUCCGUCUACGUGUCCGUUGUGCGCGUAUAAAACCAUCUACCCGGAGGUCCUGACUAUGCACAAGAGGCUGACUCACAAAGAGAAGGCGGAUGUUUCCAGAAAAGUGCUUUUGGGCAAACACAAACGCCUCACAGGGUGCCCGCCUGCCCUCCAAGGUAAAGACGUCUCCCCGCUCGCCUUGGUCGACAGGCGCCACCCUCGCCGAACCAAGUCCCCGCCCCCUCAACCCGCACGACCCAAAGAACCCGCAGUGCCGAUCAACGCAGCCCCCGCUCCGAAGCAAGCCCAGGACGCACCUUGGAGGCAGAAGGUGGAGUCGCACCCCAGCAAGUACCAUAUCGAGCGCCCGCCCACUUUGGACAUGGUGGCGGCCGCCGAGAGGAGUUUCCCCGGGAGAAGCGACGGCGCCAUUUGGCAAUCUGACGCCGCCCGCCUCUUCCUGUCCAGCCAGUUCGGGAGCCUCCCGAAGAUCCCCGGCAGGAAGUUGAGGCCCGCUCCGCCUGCAAAAGACGCCGGCGAGAGGCCCGGCCUCAAAGGGGGCGACGGAGCCAUCAGGCCGCCUCUUCAAGGGAGGGGCGGCAAAGUCACCUCGCCUGCAGAGGUCUUGGGUCCAAUCGGAAGUGCGUCCGUCGCCAGCAUCGGAGGCCGUUUGGAGUCUGACUGGAACAUGAUGAACCUCUUGCGCUCCUGCACCCCCAACAACCUGGCGUCGCUCUAUCACGCCGUCCCGGGCAACCCCAACCAUGGCGUGCUGACCAACCCCAGAGCAGGGGGCAGGAGUGUUCUCUUCCAGCACAUGACCACUCCACCCAGCCUGCAGAGAAGAGAGCCUGCAGGCUCCGCCCCCAACCCGCAAUACGGUACCUCCGACCACACAGCCUAGAAGUUCCCCUUUUUCUUCUCAAACUGUCAACUUUCUUUUCCCCUCGCCGCUACCUUCUUUUGGAAGGCCUCAGGUGACAAGUUCCUGUGCCUUCAGUCCCUUUUUCAGCCCGUGCGUGUGCGUGUGCGUGUGCGUGUGCGUGUGCGUGUGUGUGUGUGUGUGUUUACACGUGUGGACAUGAACAUGUGUGGAAGUGCAGCUUCUGUCCUCCAACACUGACCACUUCCUCCCAUUGGUACAACUACUUCCUGCUACAUGAAGUCACUUUUCAGCUGCGUCAGACCUCCUCAAAGCCUUUAUUUAGUUUCACUCGCCAUCUCUCAAGGUGAGCGAACGCCUGCUUUGGGACAAAACACCAGCUGUGAUUAAUCACAACUUCCACUUGUACACUGUGAAUGACAUCACUCCCCAUUGUUUACAAGAUGUGCCACCUUGGAGAUUAAGUUAUUUUUCUUUGUUUCACUUAUGUAAAAUAUUGUUUGGAGAUUUGUAUUAAGACUCGUUUCAAUAAAAAGAGGCAGAAAGGUGU